AUGUUUAUUCUUAGUUUCCUAAAAUUAUCUCUUAAGAAAAAUCAUGUGAAAAACAAUGAAGUUACGAAGAAACUCAACCGAAGUUCUGAUGUUAUUAUUCUUGACGAAUCCUUUGACAGAUUACAAAUGGAUUUCCCAAAAACUAUGACAUCAAAGAGACUAUGCUCUCCUAUUAUUAUUAAUGACUCCUGUGCGCUGUCUGAUGAUGAAGAAUCACUAAAGAUAAACUUUUCAGCCAAUGAGCCAAGUAAAUCAGACAAAAUUCAGAUGACGUCAAAGAAACUGGGCUCUCCUAUUAUCAUAAAUGAAUCCUGUGAACUGUCUGAAGAUGAAGAAUCACCAAAGAUAAACUCGUCAGCCAAUGAGCCAAGUAAAUCAGGCAAAGUGUCACUGAACUGCACAAGAGAAGAAGAGGCGAUCACAACACCGCUAAAAGACUCCAGGCCAAGUUUUGGAGGCUGGUCCCCCGCCCAGAACAUUCUCUGCGCAACGCCAAAAAACGAGCCGACGCCAACUACUCCGCAGGACGUGGCAAACGAAUCAUUAGAGCAGUGCUCCAUAAAGAAGAUAGAGAUAUCGCAGAAGAAGUUACUCAGCGACCUAUACGGCGAUACGUGGAAGAAGAUACCGUCGCUGUUUAAAAGUAUCUCGCACAAGCAGAACAAUUUUGACGGCGUCUCGAAAAAACUGCAGUACGACGACGACAAUGACAGCGACAAGGAAAACAUCAAAGACGACCUGCAGAGGAACAAACUACUAUAUUUGACAGGCUCAGAUGCCAAGCACAAAACUAACACAGAUAUCGGAAACACAGAGAAGAAGUGCAAGAAGAAAUUAUACACCGAGAAGGUCCCCAGUACACCCGAGAUACCUAAAUUGAAACCGAAAAAUACUAGAAACGUAAACAGCACAACAAAGAAACAGAAAGGAUUGACCGUCACUGAACUAGUCAUGAAGAAUGAUGUAGAUUACUUAACAAAGAAAGUCGGAACAGUAACAGUUACACCGUCAAAAGAUACGGUUGUAAAGCGUCUCAGUUUUCUCGGCUCCUUAGCUGACAACGUGCCAUCGUGGCGUUGCCAUCCCGAGGCGAUACAAUAUAGGGACAACUACAAAACGCUACGCGAACAGCUCUCUCGCCGUUUGUACGUCGAGUUCAACGAAGUCGUGUUCGAUAACGCGUUGGACGCGGACCUUCCAAUUAUAUGGGACACGAAACUGAGGAGUACGGCAGGGACUACAACUAACAGGUUGAUCAAGAGCUCUAAAGGCGACCGCAUACGAACGUCCAGCAUAAAGCUGUCCACUAAAGUGGUGGAUGCACCGCAGAGGCUUCGGGAUACCUUGAUCCACGAGCUCUGCCACGCAGCUACCUGGUUAAUUGAUGCCGAAUUGCGUGCCGGACAUGGAUCUCUGUGGAAGAAAUGGGCAACGCGUGCAUUGAAGGUCCUGCCGGAACUGGGAGAGAUCUCCCGUUGUCACGACAUGGAGAUCCAUUUCAAGUAUUGCUACAAGUGCACAAAAUGCGGUUACAGUGUGCAACGCCACUCGAAAUCCAUCGACGUGACGAAGAAGUGUUGCGGCUAUUGCCGCGGCACAUUUGAAGUAAUUGUGAAUAAGAAGAACAAGGACGGCGUAGUGGUUUCCACUCCGGCGCGAAAGGGAGCGGUGAACGAGUUUGCUUUGUACGUUAAGGAGAACUACGCGUCACUGAAAGACGGCACUCGGAGCCACGCUCAAGUGAUGAAACAACUGGGGGAGCAGUUCUCAGCUAGGAAGAAGAAGCCGGCAGUUGACGUUGCCGAUUUGGAUAUA